GAUUGACAGAGUUAACCCGGUUGAGGUCGGAGAUUACAAGGCAGAGAGAGAGAGAGAGAGAGAGAGAGAGAGGGAAUGUUGAGUGCUGUGAAGUUGCAGGUAUCAUUAUCGAGUCCUGCAAUCAAAUCAAACUCCGAUCAAACCUUCGCCGCAAACUUCCCUUCUCGCCGCUCGCUCAUUCUCCGCUUACCCGAACGCCGUUUGGCUUCUCUCUCUUUUCAAUCCACCAAUCAUGCUUCAUCUCACCCCUCCAUUCCCUCUCAUUUCACUUCCACCGUCGGAUCUCUGUCCCCUUCGAUUCACUCGAACCUCACUCAACGUCACAUCCUAGUCCUCAAUAUCAUCGCUUGCGCAGUAGCAAUUUCUGCAACUUGGCUCUUUUGCUCUGCAAUACCAACUUUACUGGCUUUCAAGAGAGCAGCAGAGUCACUAGAGAAGCUGUUAGAUGUCACACGUGAAGAGCUGCCUGAUACUAUGGCCGCUGUCCGGUUAUCUGGCAUGGAGAUCAGUGACCUAACAAUGGAGCUCAGUGACAUUGGCCAGGAGAUAACUCAAGGUGUUAAAAGCUCCACUCGAGCUGUCCGCUCAGCUGAGGAGAAAUUGCGCCGAUUGACAAACAUGUCUCCAUCAGCAUCAGUGCAGGAGGUAGCCACUCUGGAAUCUACGACGCAAGGACCGGUGGUAGCUAGAACUGCAAGGGGCAUGAGGGAUGCAAUUGUUAAGGGUCGGGCAAUCUUUCAAUUGUUUUUCACUCUCACCAGGUUUUCUAGGAUGGCCUUCAAUUACUUUGGUUCUCGGGCUAAACCACAAGCUUCACGGUGAGGCAACAUAAGAUCUCUCUCUCUCUCUCAGUUGUAAAUAUUUUUUUCCUACUUGGGGGUUAUCAUUUGUGAUUGAAUUGUGGUUGAGUUUGAGUUUUUACAAUGCACAAUGUAUUAGGCUACGAGACAUUAUAGACCUUUAAUAAGAGGUCAAGGGAUCUGGAGAAGAGAAACACUUCCCCAUUUUUGUCCGGAAUUUGAAAAUUGGUUUCCUUUUUUGGUUAGGAUUGUAAUUACCAUUACCUUCAUCUCUGUGAUUUACAAACUCCGAGAUUAUUUAUUUUUGAUGCUUACUUUUGUGUUCUGACAACUAAAUGAAAGGCUAACUCCUGCUGGAUGAACUUUC